AUGAGCACCUCAAUUAUUAGUAUCCAGCGCGAUAUUAUCCUCAAUACGAUCCGUUAUGCCGGAGGUGACGAGUGGAAGGUACUUGUUGUGGAUGAAACCAGCAAAAAGUUGAUCGACAAUGCUGUCAGCGAAGAUGAUAUUCUUAAUCUCAACGUUACCAAUGUCGAACAGAUCGAGCAUAGACGAGCGCCCAAUCCAGACAUGGAUGCGUUGUAUAUCGUGUCCCCCAUGACGCAUAUAGUUGACUGUUUGAUGGCCGACUUCGAGAGAAAGAGAUACAGGAAGUCGUUGCUGGUUUGGACAUCAUUUCUCGAUCCGCAACAACGCGCCAGAAUCGAACGAUCGCAAAUGGCGCAGGCGCAAAUUGCAGAUUUUCGAGUCAUGAAUAUCAACUUCUAUCCUAGAGAAUCACGGGUUGUGACGUUCCGGGAUCCGUGGAGUUUUCCUGUUCUGUUCCAUCCCGGCUGCAACCAUUUAAUCCGCGGACAUCUGGAGGAUCUCGCGCAGAAGGUUGUUUCCCUUUGCGCAAGCUUGGGCGAGUACCCUGUCAUUCGAUACUAUAAGCCCCGAACCCCUACACACGAGGCGAGCGUCCUGUGCUCCCAUCUCGCUCGAUUUAUACAAAACGAAAUGGACCAGUUUGCUCAGUUUCAACGCAAUUUCCCCCCUCCCUCUUCCAGGCCUCGAGGUGUCCUUCUUGUAGUGGAUCGCUCUAUGGACAUUGUGUCUCCGCUAAUCCAUGAAUUCACCUAUCAAGCCAUGGUGCAUGAUCUGCUUCCAGUAAAGGAUGGAGAUAAGGUGACCUACAAAACACUUAUCAACGAGGGCAGCGCGAACGAGGAACUCAAAGAAAUGGAAAUCAACGAGGAAGACAAAGUUUGGGUUGAUUAUAGACAUCUUCAUAUGAAGGAUGUACUCGGAAAACUGGGCGAAGAUUUUGCCAAGUUCAGAGCAGCCAAUCCUCAGUUCGCGGAAGAGAACGACAACGCUAACGUGAACACAAUCAAAGACAUGUUAGCAGGUCUGACCGAGUUUCAGCAGGGGAGGAACGCAUACACCCUUCACCUUAAUAUGGCACAGGAGUGCAUGAAACAUUUCCAAGAACACAAGCUGAUCGAAGUCAGCUCCGUUGAACAAUGUCUUGCGACUGGCCUUGACGAAAAUUACAAAAAGGCAAAGAACCUGGCUUCGCAGCUCGUCCAGCUACUUGACGAUGAGGCUAUUGGGCGUGCAGACCGACUGAGACUUUUCUUGCUCUAUAUCAUUUACCGAGGUGGAUUGCUUUCGGGAGAUAUUAGAAAGCUCAUGGCACAUGCCCAGCUUGUGCCACAAGAUGGCGAAGUCAUCUACAACCUCGACCUACUCGGAGCAAGAGCAGAGAAACCCCUGAGGGACGAGAGACCUCCCGUUCAGCCAUUAUUUAACAUGAAGCCUCCGGUCCCUUCGGAAUCCGACGAGGCAAGCCUGUCUCGAUAUGAGCUAAACGUGAAACUGAUGCUGGAGGAGCAAAUUCGCGGGACAUUGGACCCCACCGCCUUCCCUUUUACUCGCCCCCAGACUGAUGUGGAUGGCAUGACGGCGCAGCAGGACGGUCUCUCGCAGGCCUCUUUGCGAAGCGCCAAACCGACAUGGGCUCGAACUCGCUCUGCUGCUGAUCAGCCACGCCAGCGCAUCAUUGUCUUUAUGGCCGGCGGUGCCACUCAUGGAGAAGCUCGAUCAUGCUACGAGGCUUCGCAAACAUUCGGCAAAGAUGUCUUCCUUGCGACAUCCCACAUGCUGAGCCCAGGGAUGUAUAUGCGACAACUUGGAGAUCUGAGCGUUGACAAACGGCGUCUGGAUAUCCCGGCAGAGCGACCUAAGCCUACUGCUCCGGCGCAUCUUUUCGAGAGAGAGCCUCCACCGACACCGCAACCUGUGCCCAAGAAAGUUCCUGUGCCAACCUCCCAUCUCAACCCCCCAGCACCUCCCUCAGCUCUAAUGGGACAGAUGUCUCUAGGACCGGACCAGAAAGCGCCUAAUGGGUCUCCAAGUGGCACGCCCCCAGCUGCACCCGGAGGGAAGCCCCCCAAAGAAAAGAAAGAAAAGAAACGGCAUCACUUUUUCGGCCGCUGA